AUGAAGGAGGCCGACGCGAUAAAGCUUUUUAUCGGCCAGAUCCCCCGUAAUUUGGAGGAGAAGGACCUGAAGCCAAUCUUCGAGCAGUUCGGCAAAAUCUAUGAAUUGACAGUGAUUAAGGACAAGUAUACGGGAAUGCACAAAGGAUGUGCCUUCCUGACGUACUGUGCGCGGGAGUCAGCCGUCAAAGCCCAGAAUGCUCUGCAUGAACAGAAAACACUUCCAGGGAUGAACCGACCAAUCCAAGUGAAGCCAGCAGACAGUGAGGGCAGAGGGGCAGACAGGAAGCUGUUUGUGGGGAUGCUGGGGAAGCAGCAGUCAGACGCUGAUGUGAGGAAGAUGUUUGAGCCAUUUGGCAGUAUAGAGGAGUGCACAGUGCUCCGAGGCCCAGACGGAGCCAGCAAAGGCUGUGCUUUUGUGAAGUACCAGAGCAACGCCGAGGCUCAGGCUGCCAUCAGCGCCCUGCACGGCAGCCGCACCCUACCGGGUGCGUCGUCGAGCCUGGUGGUGAAGUUUGCGGACACAGAGAAGGAGAGAGGGAUCCGGCGCAUGCAACAGAUCGCCUCACAGUUAGGAGUCAUCAGCCCUGUUAACCUUCAGCUGGGAGCCUACAGCGCCUACACACAGGCCCUGGUUCAGCAGCAGGCCUUGGUGGCCCAGUCCGCGUACCUGUCCCCAGUCGCCACCGUCGCCGCUGUGCAGAUGCAACAGUUGGCAGCCAUUAAUCCCAGUAGCAUCAUAGCCACUCCCAUCGCGUCGAUCACGCCCUCCUCAGGUACAAGCACUCCUCCAGCUAUAGCUGCUACACCCGUCCCUGCACUGCCUCCGCCAAUCUCAGUCAACAGUUACCCUCCGCUCCCGGCCCCGCCCAACGGACAGUCGGCAUCUGAAACCCUCUACACCAGCGCAGUUCACCCGUACCAAGCUCAGAGCCCUGCUCUGGAUCCUCUCCAGCAGGCCUACACUGGGAUGCAGCACUACACAGCCACGUAUCCUGCUGCCUAUGGAUUGGUCGGCCAGCCGUUCCCACAUCAGCCCACACUCGUUGCUCAGCAACCGCAGCAGCCACAGCAACUGCAACAGCGAGAAGGGUGCGUUCUCAUCUGUCCAGAGGGCUGUAACAUUUUUAUUUAUCAUCUGCCUCAGGAGUUCACCGACUCUGAGAUACUGCAGAUGUUCUUGCCUUUCGGCAACGUCAUCUCAGCCAAAGUGUUUGUCGACCGCGCCACCCACCAGAGCAAAUGUUUUGGUUUUGUAAGCUUCGAUAACCCUGCCAGCGCCCAGGCUGCCAUUCAGGCCAUGAAUGGCUUUCAGAUUGGCAUGAAAAGACUCAAAGUGCAGCUGAAGAGGCCAAAAGACGCCAACCGCCCGUACUAA